AGACGGCUGAAGAGAAGGAGGACUGAGAUUAUAUUCUGUGUUAAAGCAGGUUGUAGUGGUUGUUAUCCUCCAGCUAAGCUGAAUCAUGGCAGGAUGGGCAAAUCCCAGUUCACAGAGUUAUGACUCCACCUACGAUGAGAUCACAUUCGAUUCCACAAGGGAUUGUUUUGAUGAAUCCUGUUCUGAUACACACAGUCAAGAGAGUCCCACAAUAUUCCUCCAAACGUCUCAAAAACUGCGGAGGAAAAACUCUGUCCAAACCAACCCUGCUAAAAUGAAAAAAGUACACUGGGAUUUGGAUGAUGCAUUCAGUCCUGACACUGAGAGAUUCUGUCAACAACAAAUUGUACUUUUAUUAAGUUUUCUUAGGUUCUAAACUGUCUCACUCCUUAACCCCCUUUUUCCCUAUACACUCCUAACCCUUUGCCCCUCACCCUUAUCUCUCACAUCUCUCCUUUGUUUAACAUAAGUUGAUAGAGACACCCCCAAUGAUGACACCCCCCACAUACUCCUCCAUAAACCCUUACCCUUUCUCCCCCUGCUGUGUUCAAAGCAGUUUCUCCUGUAUGUAAAGUCCUGCUAAAAUGUCUUAGUAGCUCAGUCUAGUUGAGUCUCGGUCAGAGAGUCUCACACAGACAGUAACAGACAGACAAGUCACAUGGACUAGUCAGGCGGACACAGAGGGAGCAACGACCAACUAAGCUGUGCCCGUGUUUCUGUCUGCACGAGAAUAAACUCAAGUCAUCUCUCAAGCUGUCUCCUGAUUCCUGAUUCUGACUCCUGAUUCCUGAAAGCCGAAUUUCUAACAACUUGGUGCCGUGACCCGGAUGGCUACUGAAACCUACUUGGUGAGUAAACGCCAUUUCGAACUGAAGAGAAAUUUUGGCUGGAUAAAAUAGGAGUCAGUAAAUGUUAUCCUCUCUGAAGUGAGAGAUGCUUGUUUGUUACUGCUAGAAGAUUAGAAUUAGUAACUGUUUUCCUCUCUGAACUGAGAGAUGUGUGUUUGUUACUGCUAGAUCAGAAUUAGUAACUGUUAUCCUCUCUGAACUGAGAGAUGUGUGUUUGUUACUGCUAGAUCAGAAUUAGUAACUGUUAUCCUCUCUGAACUGAGAGAUGUGUGUUUGUUACUGCUAGAUCAGAAUUAGUAACUGUUAUCCUCUCUGAAGUGAGAGAUGUGUGUUUGUUACUGCUAGAUCAGAAUUAGUAACUGUUAUCCUCUCUGAACUGAGAGAUGUGUGUUUGUUACUGCUAGAUCAGAAUUAGUAACUGUUAUCCUCUCUGAAGUGAGAGAUGUUUGUUUGUUACUGCUAGAAGAUCAGAAUUAGUAACUGUUAUCCUCUCUGAAGUGAGAGAUGCUUGUUUGUUACUGCUAGAAGAUCAGAAUUAGUAACUGUUAUCCUCUCUGAACUGAGAGACGUUUUGUUUUGUUACAACUGUAAACUUAGGAUUUGUAACUGGGACCCUCUCUAACAAAGAGAGACAUUUUACUUAGUUAGUGUUGAAACUUACUGCUGUAGUCCUCUGUGAAGUACAGUUUGUUGGUAUCUGCUAGUGUCUUUGUUUUGCUAUUGUUUCAGAGCUUGGUUUUGUUCUCUUGUUUCCCCACCAUGUCUGCUAAAGGCCAAAACAUUAAGAAUCUUGCUAAACCUCUUAACUAUAAAAGCAGCACUUUAGUUAAGGGAGGGACUGAAAUGCCACAGUGGUCUGAUUCUGAUUUUGAAAGCCUAAUCAGUGACAUUGGGAAGAAACAUAUUUGUGAGCAAAAGAUAACUCAGUACUUUUCAUCCAAAGGUUUCUCUGCUGAUAGAGAAUGGACUCUUGCUGAGUGUAAAACAGGUUUAGGUUAUGGCCUUAAGCACAACUCAGUUAAGGAAUGUCUUUUUGUUACUAAGCAGUACUGGGAGUGCAAGUUGAAAUCUAUGGAUGAAAAGUUAAAAGAAGCAGAAGAAAAUGUUUUAGAGCUAACCAGCGAGUGCAGAAGGCAUAAAACAGCUACGAAACAUGCCCAGAGCACAUGUAAACAACUGCAGCAAACACUGACAGAAGUGCAACAGCAACAUGCCAAACUUAAGACAAAGUCAAGUCCUCAGUGUUCUCCCCCUGUUGCCCCUACUCCAGGUCAGCCGUGUUACAAAGAGGAUGGAAAUCCUCAAGUAACAGUCAGACUGUCUCCUGAAUUGUCUGAGAGUGACCUCUCUGAUGGGCCAGAAUCUGUGUCAUCAGAUAAAGAUUCUGACCAUGCUACUGGUAAAACACACUUUCCAAUCUGUGUUAAAAUGAGACCUGUAACUGUUGUAUCCUCUGAGGUACGUAAUAGGAGAAAUGCAGGUGGUGAAACCAGACUAGAAAUUGGGCACGUUCUUUUAGAUGCAGCAACUUUGGACACAAUAUCCAAAGAGUUUAAACCUCCGAGGGAAAUGGGGCUCGACUUCAUUGACCUCAUGCAUAAGAAAAGGAAUCUGUACUCACUACAUCCCAAUGAUGCAGUAGCAAUUGCUAGCCAAGUUCUUAACAUCACAGAUGGUAGAGAACUUGCUAAAAAGGUGUUGAAUGCUUUGGGUGACAAAGGCCAGAACCUUGACAAAGGCUGGGAAGCUUUUGAUGACUGGAUUAAAUGCAAAUACCGUAAAACCACUGAUUGGGGGCAGAUUACCAACUGCAGACAUAGAAAGGGAGAGUCUGCCGCAGACUUCUGUGAGAGGUUUGAAAGAGUUUUUCUGCGCCAUUCAGGUAUCAGCCAAUACAGUGCUGGUAACAUCAACAAUACAACUGAUGGUCCCCAUUUUAGACAGCUGGUUGAGUCACUACAAACAGAUCUUAGACAAGCUCUGGUGACUGCUGUUCCAAACUGGAGAAAAACUAAGUGGGUUGAUCUUAAGAAUCAACUGGACCGUUUGGAUGUGGAUCUUGAACCAAACCAUGUUCCUGCAUCCAUACACAUCCUCACAGAGAAUGGAUCAAACUUGGGUCCAACUCAAACAUUCACUAAUCAGAAAAAAGAGUGCCACUACUGCCAUAGAAUUGGUCACUUUUCUCGAGUUUGUCGUAAAAAGCAGGCAGAUAGACGCAAAAGGGGUGCUAGUUCUAGAGAAAGCACAAUGGGAAAUUCUUUUGGUGGGUUCUCACAGGGAAGCCCAGCUGGGAUUUCCCAAGAACAGAUAUCACUGAUAAUCAAGACCUUACAGGGUGUCACAGGGCAGUUAUCUUUGAUAUUCAGUGCUCUACAGGGAGUCACAGGGAUUUCAACAGUUUCUCCUGCUUUGGCUUAAGCUAAUUUGUCCUGCUACUUAAGCUCAUAUUUGUGCUAUAGGUUGUUAAGAACUGAUUUUGUUGGUUUUAAAUCACAAAGUAGAAUCUUAAGUUUCUUAUGAACACAAGUUGAAUUUACCAUCCAGGUUGAUCUUACCAUAAGCUUAGUAGCAUGUUAAUAUUAUCUUAUUGAGAUUUGAGUGCACUUUUCGAACAGUUUUAUUUUGUUUUGUUUUCAGUCCUGAUUAAGUUAUGUUGUGUUGCACAAUUUUUGAGAUAAUGCACCAAACAAAGUUUUUGCAGACUUUAGGUGAUGUAGUUAUUGCAUUUAGAUAAAAUGAACCACUAUACGAUCAAUUUAAAAUUGUUAUACACUGAAUAAACCACUAUACGAUCAAUUAUACGAUUCAAGUUUUAUAUUCUUUUCAGCUACAACCUGUAGUUUGAGUUCCUGAUCUGUGGAACUCUGAGUAUGGCUGAACUGAUAUGUUGAAAGUGAUCCAGAUGGUUUCUGGAUCAAAGGGGAAGCUAACACUAGCUUUAAAAGCACAAUUUGGUCACAGUAGGGUAAACUUCCGACAACUAACGGGAUUAGAGCAAAUGUCUUGUUAUUUCUGGUCAAUGGGUCAUGGUGAGGAAACAUGAAACAAUCUAUUUAGAUGAGAAUGUCUCAUUAGGUUUUGUUAGUUUCUGCUUGCUCCCCAAAACUGAGAUCUAGGGUCAGUAAAAGAAGAGGUGGGUAAUAGUACAGAGUCCUGAGGAAGAACCAUGAUUUCUAUUUUCAUGGGGGUUACCCUUUGGGAUGAAGAUUUCAACACACUGUACAUUAUCAUAGCAGCCUCUUCUGAGGGACAGACAGUGGGGAUAAGCAGAUAAACUACAAAAAAAAGACAUAAUCAACAUCAAUGAACAAUUUACUGCUCAGUGUUUCCUCUGUUACAGAUCUGUUGGAGCCAGACAGUGCUCCAGCCAAUCCAGCAUGGUGAGAACAAUUUGUGACGUGUCAGACGCAAGCUCAUCAGUUGAAGAGACAACUGAUGUUCAAAGUGGACUUCCCAGAUUACCUGUCUUUCACCGACAUUGAAGCAAUCGCCAUGGACAUCCACACACACACACGCACACACAAUGUGGCUGCUCAAAAGCUGAAGUUGUGAUGUAAGAGGAGACAUCACCACAUGGGAGCAAGCCUCUUGGAAAACCAUGGACAACUACUGACACUUUCUUCAUUAUUCUUCAGGAACAUUUUUGGGACCAAGUAACAGCCAUAAACAGAUCCAAUACUUGGUUACAUCAACUUUUCUGACAUUUAUGGUACAAUUACAGUUGUAUAGUUACAGCUCUUUAAUUGUUUAUACAUAUGACAAUUUAUUGUACAUAGUUUUGUGAUUCUCCAUGUUGGGAGAAUCAGAGG